UGUUCAUUGACUGCUAAGAAAUUUCAACCUCAGUCCUCCACGAAGAAACGCAAUAUGGUAUGCAGUCAACUUGUUUCGCGGCUGGGACGUCGCGUCUUAUCCCCUCCACUCUACCAAAUUACGAGCAGCUUAUUGCCCGGCCGUGUGUAUCCGGGUUUUAGGAGAACUAUGCAGACUAAGUCACGGGCAAAUCAGGGCAAAGUUCUGAUGGUCCUGUACCCUGGCGGCCAGCACGCGAAGGAUCAACCCGAGCUCGUCGCAUGCGUUGAGAAUGAGCUUGGUCUCCGAGAGUGGAUUGAAGAACUGGGGCACAAGCUUGUCAGCACCGCUGACAAGGAUGGCGAGGCCUCCGAGUUUGACAAGCAGUUGGAAGACGCUGAGGUGAUUGUCACUACUCCAUUCCACCCUGGAUACCUGACCGCCGAGCGUCUGUCCAGAGCCAAGAAUCUCCGGCUUGCAGUCACUGCUGGCAUUGGAUCUGACCACAUCGACCUGGACGCUGCGAAUAAGGCCAAUGGAGGCAUUACUGUCGCCGAAAUCACAGGUUGCAACGUGGUGUCUGUUGCAGAGCAUGUGGUUAUGACUAUGCUCGUCCUGAUGAAGAACUUUGUCCCAGCUCAUGACAUGAUCAGGGAGGGACGAUGGGAUGUUGCCGAGGUUGCCAAGAACAACUAUGAUAUCGAGGAUAAGGUUGUGGGCACCGUUGGAGCCGGCCGUAUUGGAGAACGAGUCCUGCGGCGCCUGGCACCCUUUCAUUGCAAGGAACUACUAUACUUUGACUAUCAGCCUCUCUCGUCUGAGGUUGAGAAGGACAUCGGCUGCCGUCGUGUCGAAAGUCUUGAGGAGAUGGUUUCUCAGUGUGAUAUUGUCAAUAUCGAGUGUCCCCUCUACGCCGAGACUCGAGGACUCUUUAACAAAGACCUCAUCGCCAAGAUGAAGCCAGGCUCUUAUCUUAUUAAUACCGCUCGUGGGGCUAUUGUCGACGCUCAAGCCGCCUCAGAUGCCCUGAACAGCGGCCACAUCCGGGGUAUAGGCGGUGACGUGUGGUUCCCCCAACCGGCUCCAAAGGACAACCCUCUCCGAUAUGCUGAGCAUCCUUGGGGUGGAGGGAAUGCCUGGGUGCCUCAUAUGUCGGGAACAUCUUUGGACGCACAGAAGCGUUAUGCCGCUGGUGUGAAGACUGUACUAAGCGCUUAUUUCUCGGGUCGUGAGGACUACCCACUGGAGGACUUGAUCUGCCACAAGGGAGAUUACGUCACAAAGGCCUACGGCCAACGGGUCAAGGAGGCCUGA